AUGUCGAUCUCCGUUCAGCGCUACCACUACCAGAAAACGACCUUCCUCCUCUAUGGGCUGAUCAUGGCUUUGGCUUGCCAUACCGCCUGGUCUAUUGAGACCGACGCGCCCACGGCUAUCGGUAAUGCUGUCGCUCAAGUGCACAACACCACUAACGUCACUGCACGUCACCUGCAAACCCAAGCCGGAUUCCAGGCACUUCUGCUAGCUGCGGUGAACAAGGAGCGUGCUGCGGUCGGCCUUCCAUCGCUUUGCAUGAACACGAAGUUGCAGUCCGCCGCCCAAAAGCACUCGAACGACAUGGCCGCGAACAAUUUCAUGAGCCACACAGGAUCAAACGGGUCCUCGAUGUCGCAGCGUAUCACGGCAUCGGGAUUCAAGUGGACGGCCAUUGCGGAGAAUGUUGCGGCUGGUCAAAAGGACGUGACGGCAGUGAUGAAGGCGUGGAUGAAUUCUGCUGGCCACAAGAAGAACAUCCUCGGAAGCAAGUACAAGAUGUUCGGUUGCGGUUAUGCAUACAAUGCGAACACCAUCUACAAGCGCUACUGGACGCAGGAGUUUGGCACGGGCUCGGAAUCUUGCUCGAUGUGAGUAAAGAGACUUGGCUUGCAUAGAUGAUGAAGGCUAUACCUGCAUGUUGUAGACGUAUAUAGAACGUGUAAAAGCAGAAAAUUAAUCGAUGUGCUUGUCGCAACAAGGUUUCAACAAAUACCAAAAUACCAAACAUUGAUUGCCAUCC